AUGGCUUAAUUUCAAAAACUUUUGAGCUUCCAUUACAUGAUUUAAUCAACCUGUCAUUUAAACUUUGGAUGUAAUUAUAAUUAUGAAGAUAGUACAUCCUCUUAUUAAUAUAAAUUCUAUUUAUAUGUUGAUAACAACCUUUAACUACUUAUCUUAACUUCCCAACUCAGUCUUACAAACAAUUGUCCACCAUUUGGAUCAUAUUAAAUAUCACAAAAUAUUGUUCACUCAAGUUCUUCGGUUUAAAUUACUAUGGUCUCUAAUGAGAAUUAUUGGGGAUUUUCUGAAUUUAAUUUAAAUGUGGAAAAUACUACUCAAAAUCUUUGGGAAUUAGUUUAUUAAUCGUUUAAUAAAAAAGUUUUCUCCUCCAUAUCUUUAGAUGAUGGAUGGAUGACUAACAACAUAGUUUCUUAAUAAAUAUAAUAAUGCACAGAUUUCAAUUAUUUAACAUCAUAAGGCGAUAAUCUUAUCAAAGAUUUUGCUUUGAAGCAUCAUAGUAUGAUUAGUUUUAACUUGAAAGUCUUGAUAUUCAAUUAUCCUACAUCAACAGCAAAAAUAAAAAUUGAUAACGAAUUGGUAGCAACUUAAUUUUUAAAUUAAUAAGUACUAUCUUCAAUUAUA